UUGCACAGCCCAGUGUACAUAGGAGCUCACAUGUAUACAGCAUGUACACUGACAGUAGUGUGCUACUAACAUGAGCAUUCAGCUGUGUACAAGGGAAUUCCAUGCCUACUGUCUCAGUGGUAAAUGGAGGAAGGAACAUAUUCUCCAUGCUAUGGAUGGUGACAGGUGUAUUAUAUAGGCUAUACUGUAAGAGUCUCUUACCUGCUACUACUCGCCUCUACUGUGCAUUGCUGCUACUAGCCUCUAUAACUUGUCACAGGUCUGCACUCCAGCCCGAAACGUCACCCCUGCUAUUGUCUGACACCUGGUGGUAUGUGACCUAGCUUAUUGCUCUCUGAUGGUUGACCGAUCGCUGACAGCCUGAAUAUGACGACGGCACUGUUUAGCAGUGAUGGAGAGGAAGUUAUUACUCGGAACCUGAGUGCGACGAACCUCAGUGUCCGUAUAAGCGCCGACGAAACAUUGGAUGAGAUCUAUGACCUUCAGAAGACCAUUGAUUUUAUUCAGGGCCAAGGGGCUACAAAGGUGGCUCUGCAGUUUCCGGACGAGCUCCUAGUGGACUCGGUCAGUAUAGCCAGAAAACUGGAAGAUGCUACCGGGGCUAAAAUGUAUAUCCUGGGGGACACCUCAUAUGGCAGCUGCUGUGUGGACGAGGUGGCAGCUGAACACGUCGGAGCAGAUGCCCUGGUGCAUUAUGGGAGAGCGUGCUUGAGCCCGUGCAGGCGCCUGCCUGUCACAUACGUGUUUGGCCGUAAACCCGUUGAUGUUAAACUCUGCGCAGAAGCUUUUCAGAAUUUGAUCACCGAUCGUGAAGCCCCUGUUGUGGUUUUCAGCGACGUGCUCUACAAUCGUAUUCUAGUUGAGUUGGAGGCAAUGUUGGUUCCGAGUUACUCCCGUGUUGUGUUCAGUAAGCUGUCCUGGCUCGGGGAGGUGUCCUCUUCCGGUGAGGUCUACAAGUUUGGCCGAAGAUUCACUCCCGAGCCAAGCCUCUGGCCAGACAGCUACAGCUUCUUCUAUGUGGGAGGUGAAGGUCCAAGUUUCAAUAACCUCUUGCUGACCUGGCCAAAUUGCUCCUUCUUCAGCUUUAACCCAGUAACUAUGGAGGGCAGGAAGGAAGGACUCAAUGUCAACCGCGCGCUCAUGAAACGCUUUUACCUGAUAGAGAAGGCGCGCGAUGCUCAGGUAGUUGGAAUUCUAGUAGGAACUCUUGGUGUCUCUGAUUAUCUCUCUGCACUAACGCACCUCAAGAACAUCAUCCGUCAGGCUGGCAAGAAGAGUUACAUGUUGUCUAUGGGAAAGCUGAACCCUGCCAAGCUGGCCAACUUCCCAGAAGUGGACAUCUUUGUGUUGGUGGCCUGUCCUGAAAACUCCAUGCUGGACUCUAGUGACUUCUACCGGCCGAUUGUAACACCGGAUGAGAUGGAGGUGGCCUGUAACCCGGCACGGGAGUGGAAUGGCUGCUGUAUCACAGACUUCCGGGAAUUGCUUCCAGGUGGCCCAGCGCACGUGGUUUUCCCGGAGAUACACCCCGGGGACACAGACAGGACAGACGUCUCUUUGAUUACUGGGGAGCUGAGGUCUGUCCGUCUUUCUGCGGCAGAGACACCUGAUGAAGGGCCUUGUGCCUCCCUGGCACAGAGAAACAGAGAUACCACUGUGGCUGAGCUUGGGCCAGCUGCAUCCUUCCUGUCUUCCCGGAGCUGGCAAGGGCUGGACAAGGCUCUGGGCCAAUCGGCAGUGGUGAAAGCGGUGGAAGGACGUAGAGGAAUCGCUAUAGCGUAUGAGGAUGAAACAAGCGGCUGAGAUGCGUGGUCGGCUGAACGUCACUACAAAGGAUUUGGUGAUGUCACUCAGCCCCUACAUGGAAACGGCAGGUCCGGGAGCAUAAUAUGGCGGUGGAUCUGCACCCACAUGGCAAGCAGUGCUGCUUCUCACCUUGUAGUAUGCAGCACCAAGCAGUACUGCAGAAGCAAAGGACAUGGCAAGGGAAGGUCCAUCUGUGCCUCAUGUAGCACCCAAGACGCUGUGACUGUACGAAUGGUACAGUAAUGGGCAGGAACGGGCCUUGUUCUUGUGGCUGGGAUACUACCAAUGAGAUGAAAAUCAGAGCUGACACACGGCUGCAGAAAACAGCUUAUACUGCACAUACAGGGGUCUGGACAUUUAUAUAGAGCUCUGAAUGCAGAAUAUAUCAGACUGUCCCCAACCAUAGGUCCAGUAUCGGGCAGGAGACGACUCCUUCCCCGGGGUGCAGAGGACAUGAGGAGUCUUUGCUGAACCAGGUUCCAGGUUAUUCUAUACAAUCAUAGAAGAUCUUUGUUCACCAGCAGCCAAACCGUGCAAAUAUCAUAUUUUAUAAAAUCCUUACACCUGUGCCUUCAGGCUGUUUAUUCAGGAAACAUAUAGGGGUUCAAUUCGAAUGCUAUUAAAGUAAUAAAUACACAUACGGCAUGUUUAUGUAUAGACGUGUUUAUAUGACGUGUGGUUAUAAACCUAGAAGAGUGCUGAAGAGUUGGGUUCUUACACAGUGUAGGUGUCAGAGAGUUAUGGAUAUAAGAAGUGAUCAAUCUCUGUACAUAGGGGGUCAUUCCGACCCGAUCACUCGCUACAGUUUGUCGCAGCGCAGCGAUCGGGUCAGAAACUGGCAGCUUUCGUUGCCUAGCGAUCGCCUCUGAGACAGAGGUGGUCACUGAGCUGGAGGUAGCUGAACCGCGGCGUUAAGACGCCGUUUAGGGGGAGCGGUCCGGCCAACGCAAGCUUGGCCGGAGCGGGCCGCGGCGGCUGCGUGACGUCUCACGCAGCCUCUGCGGCCAGCAGCAGGGACAAUUCACUCCCGGCCAGCCGCAGGGGCUGCGCAGGCCGGGAGUUACUUCUCAAAUACAAAGGCAUCGCUGCUGUGUGAUGCUUUUGUAUUUGUGCGGUGGGAAGCCGGACUGACAUGUGGGGCGGACUAGCCCUGUGCUGGGCGUCCCCCCGCAUGUCAGGGAAGAUGAUCGUAGCUGUGCUAAAUUUAGCACAGCUACGAUCAACUCAGAAUGACCCCCCAUAGGGUCUGGGGCGUGGUAGGGAAUAGUGGGUGGGUCUAAAUUGCUCGGUCUGGCAGUCAUCCACUAUGCCACAUGUUGUGUCUCAUAGGCUUUGCUACUUUAGGGUGGGGUUAGUCAGAUUGCUUAGAUUUCAAGAACGCAUCUCUCUGUGUGUGCCCCCCUUAAGUCCCUUCCUAGAAGCAGCAGGUGGGUCUCUAAGCACCAGUCACUGUGAGCAGUUUUUUUCUGCAGUUAUAGAAGACGCACAAUUGGAUUCUCACUCUACCCGCUCCGGUAUCGAUGCCGCCAUUCCCGCCUCCGUCCUUUCUCUGUAACCACUCUGAGCCUCCUCAGACUUAUUGGGAUAUAUUUUGGGGAAGCUGCCAUGGUUAUAUUAAAAAUCUGACGGUCUGUGAAAGAAUCUCACCUCAGACGUUCUUGUAUGACAAGCGAUGGGGUGGUCUGGACAGGAUGUAGUUAGGAUUCCGGCGGUCGGGAUCCCGGCAGUCAGCACACCGACGCCGGGAUCCUGGCUGCCAGAAUGCCGGCAGGGGGUCCAGGAUUAUUCCCACUCGUGGGUGUUCAUGACGGAUGUGGUAUGGAGGGUCGACCACACUGAAGUCGACAGUGUCUAGAUCGACCGCUGUUGGUCGACAGGUCAAAAGGUCGACAUGAGUUUAAAAAAAAAAUAUUGGUGUUAUUUUCUCCGUGCAGUGACAGGGAACCCCAAUUAGUGCACCGCGUCCCCUCGCAUGGCUCGCGAGCUUCAAUCGAAGUCCACGUGAAUCGUUAAGUAUUAAAAAGAUUUAAAAAAGAAAUAGAUUGUGAAAAACUCAUGUCGAUCUUUUGACCUGUCGACCUAGUUACUGUCGACCUAGACUUUGUCGACCUAAGUGUGGUCGACCUAGAGACCGGAUACCGUCCAUGACAUCCAUAGAGUGGGGGAAAAAACCGAGCCUGCAAGGGGCUUUCUUGCUCUCGUGCGCCCCCUGCCAGCAUUCUGGUAUGCAGACCGCCGGGAUCUUGAUCCUAACCCAGUCUGGACAUAUUCACAGAGCUCCAUUAGUAUACCAGUACUCUCUUAACCAUUCCUGUUCAUGGAUGGACUUGGUUGUGCUAAAAUAUGCUAAAUCCAGCUUCUGUAAUCCAGGGCUGUGUCCGAGGCCCAGUAUUGUUCCAGGAGUAUGUGACAGACGUUACAGAAGGGGUGCUGAGGGAAAGUGAGUUUAAAACCCAAUGAAAAACUAUUGUCACGUGUCACUUUCUUGGGGAUCAAACUAAUGGAGCUAUGUUCCACAUCUACGGAUUCCUCCAACAUACAGAUGAUACGAUUUUACGGGUCUGGGACUCAGGGUCGACAGCACAAAGGUCGAGACACCUUAGGUCGACAUGGACAAAAGGUCGACAGGAACAAGGUUGACAUGGAAAAAGGUCGACAUGAUUUUUUUAUGUUUUUUUGGUGUCGUUUUCUUCGUAGAGUGCCCGGGAACCCCAAUUAGUGCACCGCAUUCGCUCGCCAUGCUUCGGGCAUGGUGCCUUCGCUCCGCUACCGCUUUGCUCGGCACACUUUACCGUUCCAAUCGUAGUCCACGUGGAUCGUUCAGUAUGAAAAGGUUAAACAAAAAGAAAAAAAUCGUGAAAAACUCAUGUCGACCUUUUUCCAUGUCGACCUAAGGUGUGUCGACCAAUUGACGUUGACCUAAGGUGUGUCGACCUUUGUGCUGUCGACCUGGAGUCCGGAUACCCGAUUUUACAUAGGUUUUCUAGCUGCCAUUCUAUCUUUUCAUUUUUAUAAUGGUUUUUGCAUUUAUUUCAGAAGUCUUUGUUUUUGUUUUUGUAAAUAUACUUUUGUUAUGUCUAAAGUGCUGUAACUUGUUGUAUAUUAAAUCUAAAAUUUAAAAAGUUA